UUCGGAUUAACAAACCGGCGUUAUGGGUCGCUGCGCAAGGUGUCAGUUACCAAUUUAAAUGUCAGAAUCAAAAUAAACAAAUCCUUGGGCAGUUUGCGAAUGAAGAUUUCUGAUUAUUUACUAGGAUUUUUUGUUUGUCACAAGUACCGUUAUUGAUAAAGUAGGAAAGAUUUGUACGAGACAAAAUAACGAAAAUGUCCCGAUCGAAAAAGAAAGAACCAGGAAUGAGUGCCGAAGAUUUAAAAAGGCAAAUGUACCAGUCACUUCAAUCAGCGGGUGUUCUUAACAACUUGAAGGGAUAUCUUCGACAAAGUGUAAUAAAUGAAUUGAGAGGAAAACAUCAGGGAAGCCGGGCUGAGAAUGAUCUUGAUCUGUUAGCAGCAACAAUGAAGAAAAAUGCCGAAUCCACAUGGAAUCAGAAAGUUGUUGACAAUCUAAUUCUUCAUCAUCUGAAACAGAGUCGUUAUCUUUAUUCUCUCUCGUUAUUUCAACAAGAAUCAGGGAUAGAUGAAUAUGACGAGGCAUUGACUGAAGAACUUCUUUUACGACUGGGAGCGUCUCCUGAUCUUCUGCGUAACCAUAACGACAAAGAAAACAACCAAUCAUUUCCAUCACCAAAUUCAAGUUCCACUCCUGUUGCCGCAGACAAUGGUUCAAAAUCACUCAUGUGGAAACUUCUCUCAAGAGUGUCGUCAGCACAAAAUCUUUCUACAAAAUUAAAUCAAGAUUCGUUAAAGGAAAUGAAGCAAAAUCCGAAACCUAUGUCUCUUGCUGACAAGCUGCAAGCUGUUGAUACUGAAAUGGAUUAUACACUACGAGAGCGACGUCAAGGUGACAUUGAUUAUUGUCAAUCUGUUGCUACUCUUGCUAGUGCCACCAGAAGGGCUGAGGAAGUUGCAGAUAAACGAGCGAGAGAAUCAUUUGAACAGUGGAAGAAAGUAGAGCUCGUUGCCAUGAGAGUUUCAGAAUCAGAGAAAGCUAGAGAACAGAUCCUCAGUAAAACUAGAGAACUUGAGAAUGAUUAUUCACAACGAAAGGAAGCUUUGGUUUCAAGAGAAAAGAAUGCGAUUGAAAGAUUGAGCAUACAGAAAGAGUCUUUAGAGAAAGAUCUUUAUCAACAACGUCAAUUACUUCUGUGUGAACUGGAGCAAAUCAGAAUGAGAGAGAAAAAUUUACAAGAGAGAGAACUAAUGAUGCGUGACAUGGAAUCUGUCAAACUCAAGGAAUUGGAUUUGAUGAAAUCAGAUGUUUUGAACCAACAAAGGUCAAAUGUCAUAGGUCAAACAACAGGGGUCAAAGUUCCAACUCCGGAAAGAACUCGGAGGGAUUCUGUUGUGUCAUCAUGUGCGGAAUCAUUGCGGAAAUCUUUGACAGGCAGAGAAAGUCGUCAACUGGAUGAAGUUUUGAGAGAAUUAGACUCUCGUUCUGGUGAAGCAGAAAUGUUAAGGAGAGAACUUGAAACACUGAAAGGAGAAUUAACUGAAACUAAGAGUCAUGUUCGGAAAAUAACUGAACCAAAACCGUCUCCAAGACAACGGAAUGAGAUUUCACCCAGAACUAGCAAUGAGAAUGAUUCAUCUUUAAGAAAAAGAUUGGAUGAUUUAAGCAGACAACUGAAUGACUGGAAGAAACAGGAUAGAGCUGAAAAAGAAGCCAAUAUACAGAAUGAGAUUGGAAGAUGGAAAACUGAAGUUUCAAAACUUUCUGAUGCUCGUGAUAAAUUAGAUGAAAAACAGAGACAACUUGAGCAAAUGACAUCGAGAAUUCAAACUAGAAUCAAUUCCGAACCAAAAGAUUCUGCCUCUCCUCGCUUCAAUGAACCUGCUUCAAAAAGUCUUCGAAUUCUUAUGGAUGACGUCACAAAGGAGCCAUCCAUCCGUGACUAUGACCCCGUACAUCCAGGUCAUGUGAGAUGGGCAGAUGAGAUGCCAUACUCUGUGCAACCUAGAUUAACUGAGGGUGGUCGGAGUCCGCGUUAUUCAUCCCAUAAUACUACAGGAAACUCAAAUCUAGACUUUGAUGACUCUAGCACAACCACCUCCUCUGGUGAUCUCUCAACAUCAGGACUGAGACAGGAUAUACAGAACAAAUUUCGAACCCUUGAGAAAGAAUCUGAAGACUUGGAACAAAUGUAUAAGAGAUAUAUCCAGUCAAAUUAUAAGCAUAUAUCUCCUGAUGUACCUGGAUACAGUCAAAGGCAGUUGUUACCAAGGCAUGACUUGAAAACAUCUCACAGAGAGAAGCCUCGAAGCUCAACAGCCGCUAAAUCAGUCUCUCGGACCAGCAACAAGCCGGCCAAUAAACCACAAACCAAAUCAAAUCCAACUACCAUACCAGAAUACCAAUCAAAACCAACUGGAACAAUACAUACAAAACCAUUGGAAAUGGAAAAAACAUCACCAAUUACCUUGAAUGAAAAUACAGACGAUAUCAAUCAAAGCCAAGGUCCUAUACCACUCAUAAACUUGGAAAAGAAGCACGAUUCGUCAGAAUCUAGCAUAGCUUCAAGUGUAUCUGCGAACAACAAUGAACGUUCUUUCAAUGCAGAAGAGGAGAAAUUAGCAUUGUCUCACCCCGAGCAACAGCAAAUACCAUUCAAAGACAAAUUAGAAAGCUUCUCUUCCCAAAAAGGUAAAAAACAUUCAGAUUCAAACACGCCUAGUUUGUCUGAAGACCCCAAACCCCUCAGCGACAUACUGAAACCCAAACCCACUGUGCGACAAUCCACUUUACACCCGAUUACAACUCCACCCACGAAAUUACCCCCAAUAUCUCCCCAAGACGGGGAGUCAUCUCCUCUUGCUGUAUCUGACCUUCUGACUGGUGAAUCGGAGAAGGAAAAAUCUAAGCCUAUUGUUUCUUCACAAACAAUGCUUCCGGAACUCAAACCAAGAUCUUUUAUGAUGUCACAACCUGAAGCUACAGUGAACAGCCAAUCAGAUUCAAUAAGCGAAGAGUUACUGUCAUCAACUUCAUCGGAAAUGAGUGACCCAUUACGAAGGUCAUCAUUAGAAGUAAAAUCUCCAUUCGAACGUUCGUCACUUCUUGAGAAAAAGAGAGAGGAACUGCAACAUGUUGGUGGAAUUUUUGAUUCAUUGGAACUACCGAAGCAUGACGUAAAGUCAUUAGACCAUGAAGAACCAGAUAAGCAUGACGUUCAAUCACCGAAGCGCGACUUAAACCUUGGCUUAGAUUUUCGUAACGUUGGUGACAUUGAAAACCUUUUGCAAAGUAUUGAUAAAAGCAGCGCUCGCAGCUUAGAUUGUGAGACUGACCGAGGACUCGCCGAAUUGCUCAACCAAGUGGAACCAAAAGCGUCAGUGACAUCACAAAAAGAUCUUGGUUUUCCUCUGAUGUCACAAAGCCAACAGAAACAACCAGUUGUUACAUCACAAACGAUGUAUAGUGCAGAUGAAGACAGCUUAUCAAGAAAUGUUGGAGAUAAGAUAAAGAAAGCUGAUAAAGAAUCUAAAUCUUCAUCAGAAAGAGAUCCGAAUUUGUUGAGCGAUAAAUCAAAUGACUAUUCAGAUGAAUUUUUGUCUUCAACAGAUUCAAAAACAGCUUCGGAAGUCAAAACAAUGUCUGAUUUUGAACCUUCCUCAACUUCAAUUCCACACAUAGAUGAUAAGGUCACAGGAAUGCAACAAAGCAAUGAUGAAGAUAAGUCUGGUGCUGACGCAAAUUGGUCAACUUUACAACUGGAUAAGUCAGGAGAAUUUGCUGGUUUCGAUCACGCAAAACAGCAAGUACAGUCACCGAGAAUAUCAGAGAAUCGCCAAAAGGAAAACCAGAAUGUAGUUGAUGUUUUCGAGGAAUCGCAAUCUUCUGAUUCCAUUGAUGCUGGUAGCAGGGGAGAGAAGAAAUCUCAGUCCAGUGGUGAUGAUUUCUGGUAGAUAAGGAUGGAAUGUUGUUUUGGAAUCCUCUAGCGAGGACGAUAAAACAAUUCUACAUCGUGUCGGAUCGGUGUGGUGUACUUACCAGCUUCCGCUUUAUUCUUUUUUUCAUACCAUUUUGGUACUUGGAGGUUGAUGACGUCUGAUACGAUGGAACAUUGUGCGAUCUUUAAAACUUUGUUUUUGUUUUGUAUCAUAUCAUAACUGGGUUCUGGAAUGUUCAAUUGAAUAUCAGCUCUUCUACAUUUGUGUCACCUGCUAUAUUUGUAUUACAAGUGUUAACGUAUAUAUAGCUUUCACUAUGUCAGUGGUCUGUUGUGACUUUUAUUAGUAUACCAUUUUUAGUGUAACCUCAUUUUCAUUUCAAAGCCUACUCAAAUGCGCCAGAUUUGUGGACGAAAAAUUACAACUCCUCAGCUUUUACCCAACAAAAAAAACUUUUCAUGCCUGGAAUUUACCCUGAAAGCUGGCUUCAGUAGGUUUUAAUAGAAAAAAAGAAGUUUUCGAACUCGGACUCAAUUUUCUCCUCUAAAGUAUUAUAAAAUGGGGUUGACAAUUAUUAAAUCAUAAGGUUAGGGAAAUUCCAAAUCUAUUGUAUGCAUCAGUGGCAGAUAGAGCCAGUUACAUUGGUCUUCAAGCCGCACAGAUAUUUUUAAUAAUAAUCAUCAUUUUUUACUUAGUUUAUUUCAUGGAACGAGGUACGGUUAUCGGUGAAGGCUUGAAUUACAAUAUAUUUUUGCAUGCUUUAGAAUCCUCUGUACUUAUAGUUUUAUAUAGUAAAGUAUUUUAUAAUACAAAUGUA